AUCUUGUGUUUUCACCUCAACACCAAAAACCUCCACCAGACACAGACCUAGCAGUUCGAAUGUCGUCCUUUGAGAUGGAUACAUCAUACCAGACUGGACAAAAAUCAAAACUCUCCCCAGGUGAAGAGGCUAUUAUGCAGUAUUUAAUCAAACUGGAUAAGAAAAUGGACAAACUUCAAGAUGACUUAAAAUCGAUGAGGGAAGAACUUGCAGUCAAUAAAACAGGAACUAGGAGAGAGGAACAACAGAAACUUUAUGUUCCUCCAAAAAUUAGAACAGCUGUUCAUGAUGCAUACAAACAGCUUGUGGACGAGGAUGGUGCUGUCAGAUGGCAAACUAAGCUUGAAGACAAUAAACUAAAAGCAUCUUCUGAAGUGAACAAGGCCACCACACAGUCUAUAAAGCAGUUUGUAAAAGGGCUCUAUCCUGAAGUCCAGGAAGGAUUAUUACAAACUGCAAUUGCCAGAUAUUUCGAAUCAAUGGCACAGAGAGAACAUAAAGAAAAAACAGGCAAAGUGGAGCAGCACAAAACCAAAAUGCUCCACUACAGCAGGAGGAAGAGGAAAUUGCAGUGGAGAAAGUCCAUGGUGGGAAAAAAAACUGGGUGGGAUGAGGCAAAGAAGAGACGUGUCGGUGAUGCUCUGGUGCUGUCAUAUAUGUCAUCAGAGGAUGAGCACAACACCGACGAUGAAAGUUUUUUAAAAACCAAACCUCUUCGUUGGAGAUAAGAGGAAUAUGUGAAAAUAUUGGAUGAUCUUGAUUGCAAAUAUGACAGGUCUAUGUCUAAGCGUUCGCGCAGACAAAUGAUGAAGCGAAUUAAAGGUGACAUUCCCUCAGCAAGGCAGAAACCGGCCCAGAUUGAACCGGGGCAUGAAUGGGUGUUUGCUCAUUGAAGCAAUAAUAGCUGCCAUUUUAGUGUCAAAAGGUUUUGUAAAACUUUUUAUUUCUUCAUUGAAAAUUUGAAAUUUUUCAAAACUAUUUUAAAAUAUAACGCCUGAAGAUUAUGAAAUGAAAGCGCUUGCGUUAAAAUUUUAACUUUGUGUACUGUUUAUUUUAUUUCUUUUAAUAUUUUAUACCGGACACUGAUUUAAAAAAAACAAAACAAUUUGGAUAUACAUGUUUAUAUAUGUGUGUGUGUGUAUGACUGUUUAUAUGUGUGGAUGUGUUACUUUGUAAAUAAAAAUGCUACAUGUCAUAUGGCUACCAUAAA